AUGGCCUAUGACCGUUAUGUGGCCAUUUGUAACCCUCUGAAUUAUCCUCUAGUCAUGAACCACAGAGUUUGUAUCCAGUUGGUGACUGGGUCCUGGACCAUUGGAAUCCCAGUUAUGGUAGGGUACACAUAUCAAAUUUUCUCCCUGCCUUUUUGUGGAUCAAACCAAAUUAACCAUUUCUUCUGUGACAUUCCCCCAAUACUCAAGCUGGCUUGUGGGGACAUCUUUGUAAAUGAGAUGUUGGUCUACAUAGUUGCUGUGUUAUUUGGCAUGGUUCCAUUUCUGUUGAUACUUGGCUCUUACAGUACAAUCAUAUCAGUCAUCCUGAAGUUACCAUCAGCCACAAGUCGAGCCAAAGCCUUCUCCACCUGCUCCUCUCAUCUUACGGUUGUUGUGUUAUUCUUCGGAAUGCUGAUGAAUCUAGGAACCCAGAGAAGAAGAAUUUCCUCAGUUGCCUGUGCUACACAGAUGUGCUUUGUCCUCAUGUUUGGAGAUUCAGAGUGUUUGCUCCUGGCAGUGAUGGCCUAUGACCGCUAUGUGGCCAUUUGUAAUUCUCUGCACUAUCCUCUAGUCAUGAACCACAGGGUCUGCAUUCAGUUGGUGACUGGGUCCUGGACCAUUGGAAUCCCAGUUAUGAUAGGGCAGACGUAUCAGGUUUUCUCUCUGCCUUUUUGUGGAUCUAACCAAAUUAACCACUUCUUCUGUGAUAUUCCCCCAAUACUCAAGCUGGCUUUUGGGGACACUUUUGUAAAUGAGCUGUUGCUCUACACAGUUUCUGUGUUAUUUGUCAUGGUUCCCUUCCUGUUGAUUCUUGGCUCCUACAGUAAAGUCAUCUCCAUCAUCUUGAAGUUACCAUCAGCCACAAGUCAAGCCAAAGCCUUCUCUACUUGUUCAUCCCAUCUUAUGGUUGUGAAGUUAUUCUUUGGAUCAGGCAUGAUUACAUACUUAAGACCCAACACCAGACAUUCAGAAGGAACUGACAAAGUUUUAUCUCUUUUCUACACUAUCCUAACUCCUAUGUUUAAUCCCAUGAUAUAUAGUCUAAGGAACAAGGAUGUCAUAAUGGCACUGAGAAAAUUACUAAGUAAAUAA